AAUAAUGCAAUACCACCCAGAAUGAUAACAAUGACAAGCUCACAUGAGCCCAAUCAGAUAAUACAUGAGGUCCCCACGUAUAAACUUGAAACGCCUCCCUCCCAUUUCUCUCUUUCUCAACAAAUUAAAAAGAGAGAAGAAAAAAAGAUAGAAUUUAUUCAGGAAGAAGAAGAGGGCAUUCCCUAAGUCCUGAAUUAUUGAGAAGCUUCGAGCGAAGGAGGCUCCUUCUUCCUCCUCUUCUUUUCUUUCCUUCGGUUUCUCUCCCUCAAUACACUUCAUUCACUUCUGCAUCACCUAUUAAUUCACCCUUCAUACAUACUAAUAUAUAUAUUUGAGGUCAACAGCAAGAAGAACUUGCACUCUUUGAAACGUCUGUGCUGGGCUUCUUUGUCUUGUCUACUCUUACGUACUUCUGUGUUGGAGUCUUCUCGAUCAAAGAAGAUAUCUGCUUCUUCUUGGUCUCUCAGUUUUGCCUAAUUAUCUCUAACCCUAGAAAACUCAACACUUUAUUUCUUCUGUUUUUUCUUUUUUAAUCUAAGCCCUUUCCCACUUCUUUCCUUCCAUGGAAUUAUUUCUCCUUUGAUUUUCCUUUUUCUUCUACCGCUCUAUGCUCAUCCCAUAUAGAUCCACCCGACAAAACAUGGAAUUUGGAUCCAGUUUUAGCGAAGAUAGCCAAAUGAGUAAAGAUAAGCUCCCUUUCUUCUGCUCAUCUUCCUCCUAUUCAUCACCUUCUUCCUCUCAGCACAAGGGCCACCUGCUCCCUUCAUCCCAAAUCCAUGACAAACACAACGCUCAAAUGGGUUCUUGGUUAGGCAGCAAGUAUGACGAACAAGAAGACACCUCCAGGUUUAAUGACAGCAGAGCUGCAUCCAAACUUGAGCUUAUGGAUGUCAACGAUGAGCAACAAGGCAGGCCACAAGAAUCCACUGCUGUUGCUGUCAUAGGGAAGGAACAUAUGUUUGAUAAGGUAGUCACACCAAGCGAUGUUGGCAAGCUAAAUCGACUUGUGAUCCCAAAGCAGCACGCAGAAAAGUACUUCCCGCUAGAUUCAUCAACCAACGAGAAGGGCCUUCUUUUGAAUUUCGAGGAUAGGACUGGGAAAGCAUGGAGAUUCCGUUACUCCUACUGGAAUAGCAGCCAGAGCUAUGUGAUGACCAAGGGUUGGAGCCGUUUUGUAAAGGAGAAGAAGCUCGAUGCUGGUGAUGUUGUGUCGUUUCAGCGAGGGGUGGGUGAGACGGGCAAGGAUCAUUUCUACAUUGAUUGGAGGUGCCGCUCUGAUGCACAGGACCUAACCUCUCACAACCACCAUCACCGUCACCGGCAGCACCACCACUCCUCAUCCACCCCUUGGAGUCCCCUACUAAUGCGGCCGCCAGCAGUGCCGAUGAUGCCUAGGGACCACAUCCACUUGUUGAAUCCCAAUAGGAAUGCUUAUUACAAUUGUGUUGGUGGUGGAUCUUCUUAUGGCUAUGGUUAUAAUAGCAGCAAUUACAGCAAUGUGGGCGCAAAGCCUUAUCCUUCUUCGGGGACAAUACUUUACAUGGGGUCGGCAGCCCCACAACAGGUUGGAAUGGGGAUGGUGCAAUGGCAGCAACCAGGAGGGGGUGGGAUUGUGGAGCCAAUGGUGUAUGAGUCGGUGCCGGUGGUCCAAGGGAAAGCGGCUGCAAAGAGACUGAGACUGUUUGGGGUAAACAUGGAGUGCCCCAUGACGGAUUCUGAAGAAUGCGACAAAUUGUCCUCAGCCACAGCAAUAUCUCGUCCUCAUCAUGCUACCAUGGCAUUUCAGGCUCCUCAAAUUUCCUCACCUUCCCACCAUUCCCUACAAUUAACGCUCUUCAAUGGCAAGCCGCUUCCACCCAAUUUGUCCUGAAAGGGAAGUCAUCCAUGUCCCAAGAUUUGGAUAUCUGAUUUGUUUUUGCGUCCCAACACGUAUUAUCAACAAAGAAAACAGCAAAUUGAUUAAUUAAUCCCCUUUCUUGCUUUUAUCCUUCUUCUUUUUCAAAAUUGUUUCUUAAUUUGAUGCUCACCCGAGAAUUAAAAAAAAUAGAAAUGCUGCUUCAUCAAAGUCAUUACUUGCUCAAUAAUGAGGGAACAUAGAGGGUCGUACGUUGUGGUAUGUGAAUUCAUGCGAUUGCUCACACUGGUACACAACACAGCAAUUUGCUGAAGGUUUAGACUCUGUAGUUUUCAAUCGGCGAAAAGACCUUCCCUGUUGAGAGCUCAUGCCAAAUCUUUUUUCUUUUCUUUUCCUUUCCUUCUCAACUCCUGUAUAAAUAUUUAUGAAUAAUACAUAAUUGUAUAAAUAGAUGGAGAUUUCAUGUCGUCUUUUCUUUUUGUAGGGCCUGGUUUUUCCCCACAUAUAAACAUGUAUAUGAAUUACAUGCAUGGUUUCUCUCAGUGAUUUUUAAUUUUCCGACAGCUUUUGUUCUC